AGUUCCCGUGACCCUCGAUUGGGUGUCAAAGCAUCUCAAAAACCUCACGACCGGACGACAGCGCGGAGACUGUAUCGACCAUCCCAAAGAUUCGGUAUAUAAAACGAUCCCGAACGAACUCUUGAAAGUCUAUUAAGAAAUGUCUUCGCGAUUCGUCUCCGCUGGCGCCAUCAACCCCUCUACGGGAGAGGUAACAGCACCGGCGACUGUCACAUCAUCGUCUUCCAUCUCUCCUCCCACGUCUUCAUCAACAACCGCCGCCACUCCUGCGGUCCCAUCGACAUCGACAUCAUCAUCAUCAACAACAACAACAACCGCCACCAAUGCACCGGCCAACCUUCAAACCACCUCGUCAUCAAAAGUAUCAACAAUAACCCCCGCCACCAAAACACCAGCACCAGCACCAGCACCAUCCACCCAAAACCCUCCCCCGCCACCGCCCCCCUCCAAAAAAUCCCAAGAAUGGCUCACCGUCCAAGCCGAACUCGAAGCCAAAAAACGGUCUGCUUCUCCCUCCAUCCCCACCAUCGGCGGCGGCCCAGCAGCGGCCGUUGAACAACAAAAAUCGCUCUACGAAGUCCUCCAAGCCAACAAAGCCGCCAAGCAAGCGGCCUUUGAAGAAGCCAACAAGAUCAAGAACCAGUUCCGCGCUUUGGACGACGACGAGAUUGAGUUUUUGGAGGGGGUGGCGGAGAGGAAGAGGAGGGAGGAGGAAGAACGCCGAAGAGAGGAGGAGGGGGGGUUGCUGAAGUUUAGGGAACUACAGAAAAGAAAAGGGGGUGGUGAUGGUGGGGAUGGGGAGGAGGAUGAGGAUGAGGAUGGGGAUGGGUUGGGGGAGGAGGAGUUGAUGUUCUUGAGUGGGACCGGGGGAGGGGGGAGGAAGAGGAGGAGGGGAGAGAAUAAAAGGGGAGUAUUGGGGUUGGGGGUGAAGAGGGUUAAGAGUGGCGGGGAGGGGGAGAAAAGGGGAGGGGAGGGAGAGAAGAAGAAGGAAGAGGAGGGGAACUCGGGGACGAAGACGGUUGCCAGCGAGCCUGCUUCGGCUACGGCUACAGCUACGGCUACGGCUGCGGCAUCUGUGAAGAAGCCCCUUGGUGGACUUGUUUCGUAUGCAUCGUCGGAUGAGGAUGAUGAUUGAGGUUUGAUAGAGGAUGAUAGGGGGAUGAAAAAUCAAACACAGGCGACAAGGCAGGCGGUGACUUGGUUGAACUGCUUAUUUCAAGAAUUACUCAAAAGAUGAGCUUCAUUAUAUACCAUAGCAUCGUAGUGGAAGAUGACUAGAGAGAUGGGAGAUAUAUCGUCAGUCUCCUCUAAAUAGCAACCGCUAAUACCUGACCCUUUUUUGGUACCCAGCAACUAGUCCACACCCAGCUUUUCUCGAACCACUGCUUAUUCAUACACCGUAAUCGCAACAUGUACCUGACCAAAAUCUUGUUUAUACAUGAAGAUAAAAUGCCAGCCAACUUCAGGUUUAUCAGUUUCCCGUAUCAACAACAACACCUCGCUUACUCAACAUCCUUAUCCUCCAAAGGGACAAGCUUCUUCUUGUUGAAGGCCUUGUCG